GACUGAUUGAUAGCACAAUAUAUUUAUUACAAAGUUCAAGAUCACAAAUGUUCUGAUGAUUCAGUACUUCAGUUUAAUGAGGAACAGAUGCAGACUGAUUGCUUGUGUUCAUGAUGAAUAACGGAAGAGAUUUUAAGGAAGUUAAUUUCACCAUAUCUCACCCCCCCCCCACACACACACCUACACCUACCUUCACUAAAUGCUUAAACUGACUCUACAACAGUGAGUUAUAAAUGUAUCAUUCAGUCACACUGCUCUAAUGGCCAGAACCAGCACACAUUCAGUUUACAGUAUUGUUAGUAAAUGUAAAUCAUGGAGUCAAAUGACUUUAUAUAUUGGCUUGAUUAAAAUACAUGAGAUUGCUUUUAAAAAAUGAAUUAUGAUAGGUGGGAAUUUUUAAAAAGACAAAGACUGGAUGUAUAUGCCUUCUCUUCUAUGCUUUUUUUUUAAAAAACUGGAUCAAUUGGACCAGAGUGCCUUUUUAAAAGAUUUUGUAAGUGUUAAAAUCGAUAUUUCGAUAUUAAUUAGUCAAUAAUUUUAUACGGCCACAGACAGAGAAAAUGGUGUUUGUUUUAAAGGCGAAAUGUACUGUCGUUUUCUUAAGCAUGAGGAGUUUUAUAUCUCAAAUUUCUGAUGAAUUCAAAAUUCUACCCUUGUCUCACCAUUUUGACAUAUUAUCUCAAAAUUCUACACUCUCUCACUAUUUUGACGUAUUGUCUCAAAAGUCUGACUUAUUAUCUCACUAUUUUGGCAUAUUAUCUCAAAAGUCUGACUUAUUAUCUCACUAUUUUGACGUAUUAUCUCAAAAUUCUACACUUAUCUCACUAUUUUGACGUAUUGUCUCAAAAUUCUACAUUUAUCUCACUAUUUUGACAUUAUCUCAAAAGUCUGACUUAUUAUCUCACUAUUUGACUUAUCUCAAAAUUCUACACUUAUCUUGGACUUACUAUCUCACUAUUUGACUUAUUAUCUCAAAAUUCUACACUUAUCUCUGACUUAUUAUCUCAACACUUUGCCAUAUUAUCUCAAGUUCUCAGUUCUCGUCUCAAAUGUCUGACUUCUUACUGUUACUUAUCAACUUAUUUUCUCCUUCUUUUUACUUAUCUCAGCGAAGAGUUAUUUCAUUAAAAAACAUUCUCAGAAUCGCAACGUAUUAUCUCGGAAAUGAUGACACGCUGCUGCCGAAUGUAAAGAAAAAAUGUUAUGCACACCCCCCCGCCCCCGCAUAGUCUAGGUUUAAAAAACAGGCUUUACUAAGACAUAAUCAUUAUACGCAUUUUGCGUAGUGUAAGUACAGUACGGUUAAGUGCGCAUCUUUUAGCGGCACUACGGUAAGCCUGCUCCGCCGGUUCUCAGCCCAUAUGACCCGCUUCCUACGCCGGCUACCAAGAACUAGCGUUGGGUCUGUGGAUGUAACUUGGCACUGUUACAGCUGGGGCGGGUUUUACAUCGUGACUGGGUUGUAAACCAUCAAUCCAGUCAUGUUACUCUGCGUUUAGCUUUUUCACACACACACACGCGUGUGUGUGUAUCUAACAUCCUGAUACUACUGAAGCCUCUCUCUCUCUCACACACACACACACACACGGAAGAGCAGCACAAUGGACAACAACAACAGCACGGAUGACUGUAGCCCUACACCGUCCAGAGAGCUCACUCAAAACCCGCUGAAGAAAAUAUGGAUGCCGUGUAAAAACGGCCUUCCAGAGAAGCCAAUCUUUCAGAGGAGGGUAUGCAUGACCAACUGUCCCACUGUCAUCGUCACGGUCGGCCUACCAGCCCGGGGCAAGACCUACAUCUCCAAGAAACUCACCCGCUACCUCAACUGGAUUGGCGUGCCAACGAAAGAAUUUAACGUCGGGCAAUACAGACGAGAAUGCGUGAAGAUCUACAAGUCGUUCGAGUUCUUCCGCCCGGACAACGAGGAGGGGCUUAAAAUCAGAAAGCAGUGUGCAUCAGCAGCUCUUAAUGAUGUGCAUCAGUAUCUCACCGAGGAUGGGGGGCAAGUGGCGGUAUUUGAUGCCACAAACACCACGAGAGAGAGGAGAGAGACCAUCAUUCGAUUUGCUGAACAGAACGGAUUUAAGGUUUUCUUCGUCGAGUCUGUAUGUGAAGACCCUGACGUUAUUGCAGAAAACAUUGUCCAAGUGAAACUGGGCAGCCCAGACUACACGCACUGUAACACCGAGCAGGCUGUGGAGGACUUCAUGAAGAGGAUAAAAUGCUAUGAGAACUCCUAUCAGCCUCUGGACGAGGUCUUAGACAGAGAGUUGUCCUUCAUAAAGAUCAUCGACGUGGGCCGGAGGUACCUGGUGAACCGAGUCCAGGAUCACAUCCAGAGCCGAAUCGUGUAUUACCUCAUGAACAUCCACAUCACACCGCGCUCCAUCUACCUGUGCCGGCACGGAGAGAGUGACCUCAACGUUAAAGGUCGAAUCGGAGGCGACUCGGGUCUCACGUCCCGUGGAAAGGAGUUUGCUCGCUUCUUGGGACAGUUCAUCAAAUCGCAGGACAUCAGCGAUCUGAAGGUGUGGACGAGUCAGAUGAAGAGGACGAUUCAGACUGCCGAGGCUCUGGGUGUGCCGUACGAGCAGUGGAAGGCUCUCAACGAGAUCGAUGCUGGUGUGUGUGAGGAGCUGAUGUACGAGGAGAUUCAGCAGCGGUAUCCUCUGGAGUUUGCGCUGCGUGACCAGGACAAAUAUCGCUACCGGUAUCCCAAAGGAGAGUCUUAUGAAGAUCUGGUGCAGCGGCUUGAGCCCGUCAUCAUGGAGCUGGAGCGGCAGGAGAACGUCUUGGUCAUCUGCCACCAAGCGGUCAUGCGUUGCCUGCUGGCCUACUUCCUGGAUAAGACGGCGGAGGAGCUGCCAUACCUGAAGUGCCCGUUGCACACAGUGCUGAAGCUCACGCCGGUGGCUUACGGCUGCAAAGUGGAGACCGUCUUCCUGAAGGUGGUCGCGGUGAACACCCACAGAGAAAGACCAGAGAAUGUAGAUGUGACGCGGAUGCCAGAGGAGGCGUUGCUAACAGUGCCAGAUCAUCAGUGACACACGCACAUGCGCUCAAACCCUCCCUGUGGGAUAAUCGAUCAUUUACAAAAAUAAAAUGGAUUAUCCUUUUAGUAAUGAAGUAGUGAUUCAGGGCAAUAAUCGCUCCUUCUGUGUUCCGACACUAAUGAAACUUAUCAUCGUAACGAACUUGUGCCAGCAUGUGCACGACUGGCAGUUCUGUUUACAACCAGAACAUAUUCUGUAAAAUGUUUAAUAAACCUAGCUAAAUGUAAUGAUGUUAAAUAAACGAUUAUGUUUACGUAACGUUACCCUACAGUAUGUCCAGCGCAAUAGUAUAGUUAACCAGUAAGAAUAAUAAGCGGUGAUUAGCAUUGCUCUAACGCACACAUGAGUUUAAUUUAUUUUAGCUAAACUUCCUUUGCACCUUAACACUCCGAUUGGUUCGAUUUUCCCGUCACCGUGUCGAUUUUAUGUGGAAUUUUGUCCUUCUGGAAAGGAAAAAAAAACACGUGUACAUGUUGAGAGUAUUAGCUUUACCGUGGCGGCACAAAUCACAUUUUAAUUUGCUCAGAGAGAGCCCAGUUGAAGCAGCUUUUAAAAAAAAAAAAAAAAAAAAAAUGCUGUGAUUUUAUUUCGAAAGAUCUCCGUACUGAUGGGGAGAUUAUUUUAUAUUGUAUUUAUACAAUGAUGAUGAUGAUGAUGAUGAUGAUGAUGUCUAAAUGAAAUGCUAAUAAAAAAAAAUGUGUUU